AUGCAGCCUGUCAUCGACGAGGUCAAAGAGCAGAUCAUGGCAAUCAACGAGCAGAUCGAGAGUUACUUAGCGGUGGAAGGUUGGUUCCAGCUGAGGAAGAGGUUGAACGGAGGAGCCGCCGUGAGGUAUGCCAUGGUUUGUUACCGGGAUUUCGACUGCCCCGAUCAUCCUGUGGUAUUGCCGUUUGGGGAUGCGCUUGCCUGCAAGCGCUUCCUUGAUGGUGUCCAAGCAAAGGGUGGUGGAGACUGGUGUGAGGACGUUCUGACAGGGUUGGAAGCAGCCGUGAACCUGGAGUGGCGCGGACAUAUGCGCCAGCUUUUCCUUAUUGCCCAGACACCGAACCACGGGCCGCGCUUUCAUGACAAAAGUCCAGGAGAAGCUUACGCAAGGGGGCCUGUCAAGCUCUUCAACUACGAUGACCAUUAUAACGUGAACACGGACCAAGCCGACGGGAUUUUGAAGUCCAUGGCCGAAAAGAGAAUUGGCUUGCAGUGUCUGGAGAUCUCGGGAUCAACAGCCAAGAUGUUUGAGGCUUUCGAAUCCGUUUACAACAAUAAGGAUGAGGGGCUUGUCAUGAAGGUUCACAGCAUGACCUCUGACUCGGGAUCGAUAUUAUCCACCAUUGUCAAGGCAUCCUGGAGCUCCGUGAAGGAGUCCUUGACGCAGACCUCUGCAUCGCUUGUGACCGCCCAGGACACGUGGGUACCCCAAAAAAUAGCCUGCCACCCAACCAUCGAUUUGGACAGCAGGUCCGGGUGGAAAAUGUUUGAAGCCACAAUCGAGUCCAUCGAGGUCGAUGCUGCAGUGGAAUCCGAUCGGGUGCAAGAUGACAGUCACCGUGACUUCAAGAUUCACGAAGUCACGACCAACGUUUGGAUUGCACCGAAGCUUUCAGCCAGGGAGCCAUGCGUGCUGCCUUUGCCGUUUUCAACGAGACCACCAAUUAGCGACUGGUGGCGAAACGCUACAUGA